AUGAAGCAUGGCGACACCCUCGAGGAAAUCUACUUCGAUGACUGCGCCGUCCUCUACGACUUUUGUAUGAUGGAAGAGAAUGUGGACGCAUGUGCUCUACCCAGGGACACCUUGGUGCACCGCGAGGGCGAUACCUCUUUGUAUGGUUCGUUCGAAAAGCGAUGGCACCAUAUUUUCGAUCUAUUUGCAGAGAAACUGCCAAAACUGCGACACUUUCGAAUCGGGCGUAGUAAUUGGUACCCGAAUAUUCCAUUUGAGCAGGAGAAGGAUAUCAAGAUCGGGCUGUAUUACAAUCGGUACAUGUGCUGCUAUGAUGGAUAUGGUCCUUCGCCUUAUAUGGAAGGUGAGGAUCCCAAACAACUCACAAACCUUGAGAAUGGGUGGAGACCGUCACCAGAAUGUGACGAUGAGGAUCGCGCGGCACUGCGGAAACUAUUGGCAAAGCUUGGGCAAUCGGUCCAGGAAAGUUAUUCAAAUGAACAAUUUGGUGAUCGUAUAGUGGAUUUGGUUGAGAGGAGAUAG